AUGGAAAAGCAACCACGUUCAGGACCAAUUCAAGAAUGUCUACUCAACGGAGGUAACUGUGUUUUCAAUACUUAUAUGGUUAAUGCAGACUCCGAAGUUGAUUUCAGGGGAAUAUUUAUAUUUGUCCACGGUUGGUCCGAACACAUCUUGAUGUAUCUGGAUUUAGCAUAUUUUGUAGCCUCCCUAGGAUAUGACUUUUUUGCAUUUGACUUGAGAGAGAGUGGCAAAACUAGAGGACCAUAUACAGAUGUUGACUGUCCUAUAAGAGAUCUUGACUUUGUAAUAGAAAAGAGUACAACCAAAUAUAAAUCUUUCAAUCUUAUAGGCCAUUCGAUGGGUGGAGCAAUUAUUCUUGAUUAUUUAUGUAAGGGAAAAUAUAGAGAUAUGAUAGAUUCGGUGAUAUUGAGUGGGCCAUGCGUUAAGCUCCAUGACUCUAUACAGCCAAGUCCACUAAAAAGAAUGUUUGUUAACAUAAUCUUGUACUGGUUUCCCGGCAUUCGUUAUUGGGAGUCGAAAUCGAUUUCUGCAUAUGCACUGGUGACAACCAACGAAAAGAAACAAUUGGAAAUGUUCAAUGACAAACUAUGUUGCCCUAAUGGUCCACUAAAAAUUAUAUCAGAUAUGUAUUACAGAGGUAAAAGACUAGUGGAAACAAUCCCAGAUAUCUCAAAUAAAGCCAGGAUACUAAUAUUUCAAUCAGAAAAUGAUUCAAUUGUGGAUCCAUCUGCUGUAAAGAGCUUUUUCAAUGAUUUAUCAUCUACCACCAAAAAAAUUGUUUGCAUAGAGAACUCUGGCCAUGCCUUGUUUCUUGAAAAGGAAUCGACAGUGGAACUCAUAAAUAAAGAAAUAGAGAGUUUUUUAAAAACACAAUAA